AUGAAACUGUCGUUAGUAACUGUAACGUUCUUCUUUUUAGAUUGUAUACACAUUGGUAGUACAAGAAGUAUAUCGUCCGACAAGAAAAAGGUAUAUUAUACUCGAACCCUGAAUCAUGAUCCAGAUCACGCAUCCGUUCAAAACAGUGUUCCUCCUCAGUUCUUUAUUCACCGAGCAUUUCAACCACGAUCACCAAAGAAACACCACAAAUUAUUUAAAAGAUAUGCUCAUCGACCUUAUUAUCGCCAACCUUCAAGGCAAAAUAGUUAUCAACAGACAUCAAGGAGAUCAUACCAAUAUUAUAGACGACCGUCAAAACCACGGGCCAAACCGGCGGUGACCAAUAAUUUGUGGGAUACCGUAUCAAACCUGUGGAAUAAAUACAAUCCAUUUAAACGAAAAUUCAAUACUCCAUAUAUCUCAGGACUAUCAUAUCCAGGAUUUAAAUGGGUGUCUUCAUACAAAGCACCCGUUCGUGUAGUUCGUUUUGUCUAUCGAUAUUCUCCUUUCAUACCAUUGGUUUAUGGUGGUAGGCGUUUGGUUUUCAUAAAACCUCGGCGUCGGCCCAUACCACCUAAAAAGACACUUGACAAAUUACGAUAUAGUUGCACAACUUGGUCGGACGUCUGCGAUAAUGCCUGGGACAAUCAUACAGAAACGCUCAAACAACAAGGAUCAAAAGGUCCGUCUCAAGAAGACAAAACACCUGCUAAGGAAAAAUCUACAGUUACCGAGAAAGACAAAAUUUCCCAAAUCGCGGCUGUUCCACCAUCAUCUGCAACUUCAAAUGAAAAAACUCCCGAAACUGACAAAUUUCCAAAACCAGAUGAAACGAAUGAAAACAUUCAAACAGCAGAUGAGAAAAAUAAUUCUAUGUCAUGGACAGAGCUUACUACAAAACUGAUUUCAACUACCGACACUAGAAUGCCUGACGAACAUACUUCAGAAACUGUCCAAUUGAUUAAAUCUACAACAGAAGCAAUAUCGACAACUAAAGCUACUCAAUAUACAGAGUCGAAAUCGACAACCGAAUUAACUGAACCAACCGAACUUACAACAGAACCAAUGUCGACAACUGUAGUAACUGAAACUACAACAGAACCAAUGUCGACAUCUAAGGCAAUUACAACUACAGAACCUAUUACAGAACCAAUGUCGACGUCCGAGGCAACUGCAACCACUGAACCCACAACAGAAAUUUUAUCCACAACUGAAACUAAUGAACCUUCAACAGAACCAAUAUCGACAACAGAGGCAUUAAAAACCACUGUGCUUACAACAGAACCAAUGUCGACAACCCAGGCCACCGAAACUACCGAAGCUACAACAGAACCAAUGUCGACAACUGAUGCAAAUAAGAACACUGAGCCCAUAUCAGAACCAAUGUCGACAUCCGUAGUAACUGAAAGUAUUCAGCCCACAACAGAACCAAUGUUAACCAUCGGUGCAACCGAAACUACGGAACCUACAACAGAACCAAUGUCAACAUCCGAAGCAACAGAAACUACUGAGCCCACAACAGAACUAAUGUCCACAACCGAGGUAACUGCAACAACUGAACCUACAACAGAACCAAUGUCGACAACUGAAACUACCGAAUCUACAACAGAACCAAUGUCUACAACCGAUGCGACGGAAACUACUGAAACUACUGAAACAACAACAGAACGGACAACCGGUGCAUUUGAAACUACUGAAUCUACAACAGAAUCAAUUUCGACAUCUGAGGCAACUAAAACUGUUAAGCCCACAACAGAACCAAUGUCGACAACCGUAGCAACUGAAACUACUGAGCCCACAACAGAACCAAUGUCGACAACCGAGGUAACUGAAACUACUGAACCCACAACAGAACCAAUGUCGACAACUGAUGGAAAUGUUACCCCCGAGCCCACAACAGAACUAAUGUCGACCACGUGGACAACAGAAACUACUGAACCCAAAACAGAAUCAAUGUCCACAACCGAGAUAACUGAAACUACGGAACCCACAACAGAUCAAAUGUCCACAACCGAGAUAACAGAAACUACUGAACCCACAACAGAACCAAUGUCGACAACUGAUGCAAAUGUUACCCCUGAUCCCACAACAGAACUAAUGUCGACCACGGGGACAACUGAAACUGCUAAACCCACAACAGAAUCAAUGUCGACUUCUGAGGCAACUAAAACUAAUGAGCCCACAACAGAACCAAUGUCGACAACCGAAGCAACUGAAACCAUUGAACCCACAACAGAACCAAUGUCGACAACCGUAGAAAAUAUAACUACUGAGCCAACAACAGAAAUGAUGUCGACAAUCGUAGUAACUGAAACUACUGAACCCACAACAGAACCAAUGUCGACAACUGAUGCAAAUGUUACCCCUGAGCCCACAACAGAACUAAUGUCGACCACGGGGAAAACUGAAACUACUAAACCCACAACAGAAUCAAUGUCCACAACCGAGAUAACUGAAACUACUGAACCCACAACAGAACCAAUGUCGACAACUGAUGCAAAUGUUACCCCUGAGCCCACAACAGAACUAAUGUCGACCACGGGGAAAACUGAAACUACUAAACCCACAACAGAAUCAAUGUCCACAACCGAGAUAACUGAAACUACUGAACCCACAACAGAACAAAUGUCGACAACCGAGAUAACUGAAACUACUGAACACACAACAGAACAAAUGUCGACAACCGAGAUAACUGACCUUACCACAAAUGAAGAUGAACAAGCAAGUCAAUCAAGCAAAUCGGCAGAACAAACCACUGGUCUUACAAGCAACGAAAAUACAUCAAAAUCGUCUACUGCUUCAGAAACAGAAAGUACAGUUUCGCCAUUUGCUAUCUUUCCGCCUCCCGAGGAUAUCGCUUUUGUUCACGAAAAUGCUGCUUUUAUACCCUUAAUUUACGGUGCCGGCAAAUAUCCAUUUAAACCACCCAUGUACCAGCCCUUUCCACCAGAAUCUUACCUGGUGAAUCUUAAAGUUUGUUGCAUCAUGUGGCCUAGUUUAUGUGAAGAUGCAAUUAAAAAAAGAGAGGAAGCAAUGGCGGAAAACAACUCAGAAGACGGAUAUAAUUUCUCACAACCCGAUGAACCUGAAGACUAUGAUGAUGGAUUCAGUGUAGAAACGCAGGACUUUUCAAAGCCAAAUUCUGGCUGA